CUGACAGCCCUAACCAAGCUGCACGAUCAGCAUUCCCGAGCUCUCCUGUUCCGUCCGCCCCGCAAACGGACAGUCUUGUACGAUCUUUCGACCCGAGCGGUCAAGUCUUCUCCUAUCCUCCUAAAUCAGUGCGCGUGACUGUCGUCGGACCUCCAUAACUUCGUAUUUCAUUUUUUAAAAUCUACGUAGCGAAUCCCGCUAUAACAUUUUGGUGGCAGCGUUAAGGGAUCCAAAAACACGGGUCCUCGGAUCGUCUCCGUCUACUUGAAAAGCUCAUCGCCGUAUCCUGAAGAAAACAAAAAGAAAUCACUAAGUCUGUCCAGAACCAGUCCGCGCCAUACUACAUCCACUGAAUCCAAAAAGACUCAACCACUGUAUCCUGAAAGAAGACUCAACCACUGUAUCCUGAAAAAAGACUCAACCACUGUAUCCACAUACUAUAUCCACUGAAUCAAAGAAGAAAAAUCACUGUAUCCUGAAAGAAGAAAAACCACUGUAUCCUGAAAGAAAGAAAAAAAAAAACACUGUAUCCUGAAAAGAAAAAUCACUGUAUCCUGAAAGAAAACAAACCACUGUAUCUUGAAACAAGAAAACACCACUGUAUCCUGAAAGAAAAAGCAUCGUAUCCCGAAAGAAGAAUUCCUCAUCAUCAUCACAUUCCGAAAAAAUCAAGCAUCAACCAGGCCGUUUCCUGUCAACCCGAGCCGAGCCUCAAUCGCCUUAUCACCGGAAUGCUGAGACUUCGAGCUACAAUAUUCGUCGCCUGCGCAACAUUGUUACAAGCAUCAAGUUGCACAACUCCGCAAAUCGUUACUCAGAUCUCUUCCAGUCCAGGUAUAUAUUUCCAUCACGUCGGAAAAACAAAACUAGCAAAUGGUCACUUAAAUGUACUAAUUCCUGUAGACAUAUCCCGAAUUAAACCCUAUGUCGAAAACAUAUUUCAAACACUUGAAACAGUAAAAACCCUCUGCAGGCAAAUCAGAAAAACUGACAAUUCAGAAUGCCAAAGUAUGAUCCACCCCUUACAAACUCGUUAUUUAGACCUUUUGAAAGAAUAUUCUUCUAUAUCACAUCUAAUGAAUAAUAGAGCAAAGCGCGCUUGGAUAAGCGGCAUCGGCAUAGCAAUGAAAUCAAUUUUCGGUACCCUGGACGAAGAUGAUGCUUUGAAAUAUAAAAACGCCAUAAAUAAUAUCCAAAACGAACAAAAGAGGCUAGCUUCAUUAACUAGGAACAAAUUCUUGUAACCAAAUCAACUAUACAAACGUUCAAUGAAACUUUCAAUGUCAUAAAAGAAAAUGAAGAAAAACUCAACGUGGCUAUCGAAAAGCUUUCCACUCAAUUGAAAAACUUAUCGCGAACAUCUAGUAAUAUAUUAAUCAGUUCCCAAUUCAAUAUCGUAUUUAGCAAUCUAGAAACUGCCCUCUUAUGUUUGUCCUUCCAAUUGGAAGAUAUUACAAAUUCCAUUCUUUUUAGUAAAUUAAAUAUUAUACAUCCAUCUAUUCUAACGCCGUCUCAAUUACACCAAGAACUUGUCGAGAAUCACCGACACUUACCUAGCGACUUAGAAUUAGCCACGAGUCUCGAUUUAAAACACAUACAUACUUUAAUGAAAAUUUCUAAUGUUAUAAGUUAUUUCUUUAACAAUAAGAUCAUGUUCGUUUUACAAAUUCCGUUGGUAGAACCUCAAGAAUUCAAUGUAUACCUCUGCAUCCCAUUACCUGUACCUCAUAACGCUACAAACAUAAACUCCUUCAGCACCGUAAUUCCGAAUGAGAAGUACCUAGUUAUAAGUAAGGACAAAACCCGAUAUAGUAAUUUAAGAUCCCUAAGCCAAUGUAAAUCAAUCAAUUAUGUAUACUACAUUUGCAACAUUGUAAAAAUUCUCUCUACAAACGCCAAUCCAUCCUGUGGAAGCGAAUUAGUUUCUAAAGCCAUUACCACCUUGCCAACUCUAUGUAAAACUAAAUUUAUCCACGGAAUCAUAGAUGUGUGGGAACCACUCGAUAACAAUAAAUGGAUAUUUGUUCAAUCCAAACCAAGUAAACUGUCAAUCGAUUGUAAGAACCUAGAGAUAAAAGACUAUAUUAUAUCAGGCACGGGAAUCGUAACUAUCCCGAUAACAUGUAAAGGUUUCUGUAAAGAUACCCGACUAUUUCCCAAUUCUAAUGUCCUUAAUAUAAGUCAUCCUACUAUUAAGUUAGAUUUUAACAUAUUAAAUGAUUCAUGUUGUAACUUUGCUAAAUUCAAAGAAGCCGAGAAUAACGUGCCCCACAUUAAACUAAACCAACUUGACCUUAACUUACUUAACCAUCUAUUAGAAAACAAUUCAAAUUUAAUUCCAGAACUAGAUAAAAUAAUUAAACACCCUAAUCAUUUUACAAAAUAUGGCGCACAUUAUUCCUCCUUUGUGUUAUUUCUAAUUCUAAUCCUAAUUAUUGUAUCUUUAUGUAAACUGUAUCGCUAUUAUAAAAUAAAUAAGCCCAACGACGCUCACGAUCGCACAGAGAUCCCAAUGAUCAUCGUAAACAAUCCAGAACAACCCAUUCCAAAUCCAGAAGCACAAAAUACUCCAUUACCCAAGACUCGCCGUAACCUCUAGAACCACGGCACCCUCGCCUUCUCUUCAUCAACCCCUAUAAUAACGGCAUCCCCUACCAAAUCUACUAAAUCCUCUUCCAGAUCCACUGCAUCAUUUCCAAAUCAAUAAACUUAGAGGAUCAAGCCCCUAAGUUUAUUUUCCCAUGGGGGGAGGUGUUAUAACCCUAGUAUGAAUACUAUUUGGCUGACCAAGCUGCACGAUCAGCAUUCCCGAGCUCUCCUGUUCCGUCCGCCCCGCAAACGGACAGUCUUGUACGAUCUUUCGACCCGAGCGGUCAAGUCUUCUCCUAUCCUCCUAAAUCAGUGCGCGUGACUGUCGUCGGACCUCCAUAACUUCGUAUUUCAUUUUUUAAAAUCUACGUAGCGAAUCCCGCUAUAACAGCUCGUUUGCGCAGUACAAU